AUGGUUAUGGUGUGUACACAUCCUGGACGCUUUCUUGAGGGCUUUUAUAAGAAGCUUCACUCCAAGAGUGCAGGUCCAUAUAAGAUCACUAAGAAAAUCAGUUCUAAUGCUUAUGUCCUAGAGCUGCCAAGCAAAAUGGGAAUUAGCCCAAUCUUCAAUGUUGAAGACCUAAGUGCAUAUUAUGGCCAUAGUGAUUGUCCCAUGGUCCCAUUGCCUAAGCUACCUUUGGUUCCACCUACUAAUGAGCUUGAAGACAUCCUUGAUGAGAAGUUGAUUUCUACAGCAAGUGGGGAUUAUCAAAAGUUUCUUGUAAAGUGGAAGAACCUACCUCUUUCAGAAUGUUCAUGGAUUACAGCUGAAGAUUUGUAUCAUCUUAAUCCAGAACUUUAUGAGCAAUAUCAUGCCUUUAACUCGCCAGGGUCGAGUUCUCUCAAGCCGGGGAGAGAUGGUGGAGAUCGGUCCAUGCAUUAUAAGACCUAUUCUGGUAAGAAGAAGGCCAAUAAACAGGUUCUGAUUUGGCAUGGAGAAGACUCUUGGGACUUUGACUGA